GUCAACAAGAAAAGAGUGAAGAAAAAUCAUUGUGUAUAUAUUUGAGUAAAUUUCUGUUAAGAGUUUAAAAAUCGAACCGAAAAUAGGAGGACUGUACAGUUCUUGGUUUGGUAAUAACAAGAAUACGGAAAUGACAGGAUCAACAGAGAUUCUGGACAACCAACCCUUGGCGAAAUUCCUCUGUGGAGUCGUCGAAGGAUUCUAUGGUAUACCAUGGACAACGGAGCAGAGAAAGCUCCUAUUCCAGUGGAUGAAUUACAUGGGGAUGACCACCUACAUGUAUGCCCCCAAAGAUGAUGCCAAACACAGGGCAUUUUGGAGAGAUCAGUAUUCUGUGGAGGAAGCAGAUAACCUGACCGGUCUUAUAGAAGCAGCAACAGAGAACAACAUCACCUUUGUGUAUGCCAUUUCUCCAGGGUUGGACAUCAGCUUCUCAAGUGCCAAAGAUGUACAGUGUUUGAAGAGGAAGUGUGAACAGGUUGCUGCAUUUGGGUGUCAUGCCUUUGCCCUGCUCUUUGAUGACAUAGACCCAGAGUUAAGUGCAUCUGACAAGAGUGCAUUUCAGUCCUCUGCCUGUGCCCAAGUCUCCAUUACAAACGAGCUGUUCGAGCACCUGGGCCAACCAGAGUUCUACUUUUGCCCAACAGAAUACUGCACAUCAAGAGCCAUGCCCAACCUUGCUACAUCAGGUUAUUUGAACACGGUUGGGUCCAAAUUGCUUAAUGACAUUCACAUCCUCUGGACUGGCUGUAAAGUGAUCAGUAAGAAAAUCACAAUCUCAGAGCUAGAGGAGGUGGCCAAAGUGUUCCGUAGGCCUCCAGUUAUCUGGGACAACAUUCACGCAAAUGAUUAUGACCAAAGACGCAUGUAUCUUGGUCCGUUUGAUGGCCGGUCCGCAGACAUCAUUCCCUAUUUGCGAGGUGUCCUCACAAACCCAAACUGCGAGUUUGAGGCUAACUACAUUCCACUACACACGCUUGGACAGUGGUCGCGGUCCAACAAGAAUGGAGUCAAGAAAGAUAUCAUUACAGAGAACCAGCUGAGUCCAGUUGCAUCAGACAUUAAGUUAGAGAGUGAGUGUGAUUUCAUGACAGAUGAUGAUAUCAACAACUUCGACUCCAAAUACCAGCCUAAGCAUGCCCUGAAGAUUGCCAUAGCUGACUGGCUAAUGGAGCUGAACAAGUCUCGUCACCCACCCAAAUCAUUGGCCGUUGCAACCACCCCUCUGGCUCCCGCUGUGCCAGUACCGAACAUUAACAUGCCUGCACCGAUUCAGGCUUACAACGAGCUGGAAACCACAAACCUCCCUACCACCAAUGUGAACCCUGUAGACCCAUCUAUGAUGAACCCUACCACCUCAAUUCUUGUCAACAGUCUUGUAGACCCCCUGUGUUCUCCUGAAGUCUCACCGAGACGGGAGUCAGACAAUGAAUCAGAAAUCUCUAAUGAAAAUGAACCAAUGGACUGUGUGCCAUGUGCUAUUUCUGACAGUAUUAAUGUGUUGGAAAAUAUUUCUAUGGUGCCAAAUAUUGGGUCUGCUGACAGUCUAAUGCAGUUAGAUAGUCAGCCUCCAAAUGCCAGCACAGCUGAAGAUAAAAAACUAGCCCGUGUUGUAGAAAGUGUUAUUUCACAUGAAGACUUGGAACUUCUUAUAAGCUUUUUCUACCUCCCAUUUGAGUAUGCUGCGAUUCCUGUACAAAUGCUGCAGGAUCUCCACUUGAUGAAACAAAAUUGCUAUCUCCUGUCUAGCAACCCAUCUUCUGAUAACCAAGCACAGAUAUCUGAGUGGUGGGAAGCAUCCAACCGAUUCCUGACAACUGUUGACCGAGUACAGAACCUGAUAGCGCAACUGAAGAAGACAGCAAACCAGGCAGUUGGCUACUACUUCUAUCCAUACCUGUGGGACAUGGUCGGAGUCCUGCAAACCUGUGCUGGCUUUGUCAGAUGGCUAGGUCUGGGGCAAAUUACGAACUCGGCUGGCUGUCUACAAAUGCAGAGCUCAUAUACAUGGAUGACAAAGGAUUAUCGUGAUGCGUUUUUGAGUGGCGAUCAAGAACCAUGGUGCUUCCAGGGUGGCUUACAAGCCGAGUUUCAACGCAUGUUGCCAAUUGCCUCAGCACAUGAUCUGCUUUACAUUCGACACCCAGAGGUGAUCCUCAAGAAAUCCUAUAAGUACAGACCAUACAAGCUUAGCGAUGAGGCUGAGCUGUACAAUAUCUGUCUAAAGACCUGUGAUGAUGGCGCAGACGGGACAGAGGUUUUCCCAGAACACCCUAAUGUGAUUGGCGAUAAGUUGAUCGGGGGUAUGCUGACUCUGAACCCAGAGCAAUGUUUUGUGGUGGAGGACGAAGAAGGGCUCAUGGGAUACGCGGUUGCUGCUCUUGAUGCCAAAACGCUGAAGCAGAGGGAGGCUGUAGCUUGGAUACCGGCUCUUCGAGAGAAAUAUGUGAAACCAGCCAGCUUACCAGAAUUAACCCCAGCUGAGGAGUUGAUACAGAAUUUCCACAAUGAGCCAGCACCGGUGCCGGAGAGUGUGACAAGCUCGUUCCCAUCAGUAAUACGUCUUGAUGUUCUCUCGAACCGUAUGGAGGACUGUGCUGUGACUAAGCGCCUUCUGGCAUCCUGUCUGUCUGGGCUGAGAGCCCAGGGAUCCACGGGAGUGUACGUGGAGCUGAGCGUGGGCGACAAGUGUAUGCUGGAACACUACAGACUGAUGGGCUUCACGCCCGUUAAUUCAAGCGAACAAGAUGAUGUCGUCUAUCUUGGACGAUUUUUAUAAACUAGACAUGGUUGUCAUUAAUGGUUGAUAAAAGAGAAAUUGCAGAAAAAACACUAAAAAAGUAUUGAAAGAAUACGCAAAAGUAUUAAAAUUAAAAAAAAAAAAUAAGUGUCAAGUGCAGUACAGAAAGUAUAUGUGUUCUAUUUAUAUGUGCGAUAAAUGUGUUUGUUACCCUCAAAGGGAUUGGACGAUAAAAGAUAAGAAUGUUAUGAAUGUUUAUUUGUCUUUCAUUUUGUGUAAAUAUUACAAGAUGUAGUUCUUUAUAUAUACUUAUGAUCAUUCUGUCUUGUCAAGGUUUUGAUCAGAAGUGUAUUUUUGUGAUUUUUGAACCUAAAAAAAAAUCAUGUUUAAAUUAAUUUGAUAUAUUUUAAUUGACAGCUGAUUGAUUUUUCUAUGAUUGUACUGAUUAUUUCUAUUAAUGUGAACAAAAGUUGUGUUUUUUAAGAGCACAUGGACUCGUAUUGUUGUUGAUGUUUUUAGUCUUUAAACAUUAUAACAAAAUGGCGUUUUAGUGCUUCAGCAUAUUACUGUGAAACUGUGAUACAUUUUUUCAAAAAAUGCUUCAUGCCAAGGAGCAUUAGGGGUGGCCCCCUAUGACCCCCACUAUGGCACAGCCCUGGACCCGCAAGGGGCCUUUUAGAGCACUCUCGACACCCCUCAAAAAGUGACGAAAAUCCACAGGGCAAGGGGGGACCCCGCAUAAUUUCAGCCAUAUUCAAUACAGCCAGGCAGUAUCUGACUUGUGCUGUGAUUUUUUAUGCUAUGUUGUGUUAUGUAAUUAAAUUGUUGAUGUAGUUAUAAUACGGAUAUUCUAAUUGUAAUAAAUAUGUUAAAAAAUAGAA